AUGAAAUUGUUGAUGGCGGAGGGCUCUGUCGAUGAAUCCAAACGAGAGCCUGUUGCAUGUUCUCCACCUGCAGAGCCGAUCGAUACUCUCAGACUAUCUCAAACAAACCGCUAUCAACAAACGGAAUCGGCUAUCCCGAUCACCAAAAGAACCUCGCCGCAAAAGACGGCAUCAUCCUCGGGCUCGGGCUCGGAGGAUGUCUUUGACUGUGCCUCGUCGUGCUACAGUCGCCGGAGUUCUAUCACCAGUGUCAAGACCGAAAGCUUCAGCCUGGCCACAGAGGAACUUAAUAGAUACUCCAUCCUCUCGCCCGUUGCGGCUGGUGUCUUCGAUGAUGAUACUUCGGUAUGUUCCCUAGGAAUCCCGUCAUUCGCAACACGAGUGCCGUUUGGAACGGCACCCAGCCCAGGCUACGAGGUGAGCUCAACCUAUCCGUUGAGCUCGAUGCCCCAAUCUCGACGCGCCUCGAUUUCCUCCAAACUGUCGUUGAACGACAUCAAGAACAAGCCUCUCCCUCUCGAGCCCAGCCCAUUAGCGAUCCACCGCAAUGGCUGCACUCAUCCGUCCGCGACCACUGAAGCAUCGCGAUCAACGGCAUUCCCCUCUGCCUAUCAUCACCAAGGUUGGACUCACUCCACCACAAGCAUACACCAGCAAGCAUGUCAUACAUGCGGGGGGUACGGCGGUGGUGGUAGUAUUGGUGACUCCCGUCAAUCCCGCCGAACCCGUCGCCCAGGGUGGUCAGAAACCGCUAAUGGCCAGCGUCUGCGCCAUAUUCCAACAUUAGCACAGGCUGCAGAAGAAUUGGAACACGCACUAGCCGACCUUGCAAGAGACCCACAUAUGCAGCAACGGACCCUGCUAAUGCUAGACGGACCGCUGCAGAUCAGUCGACACAACGGCGAUCUAGUCGCCACGCGACCAGCACCACUGCCUCCCUCGACAAAGCCACACUCCAAAAAACACCCAUCCAAAUCGUUUAAGAAGAGCAAGAAUAUCCACGCAAAUGCCGAACCAGUUGACAAUGCGAUAAAUCCCUGGACGGACACGCUCAAGUCCUUACGUGCGACCAAGGAGAAGCCGCCGCCUCCCUCACCCGACAAGGAUUCCAACAACAAAGACGAGGCCGCUCCUAAAGGCACCAAACCCCCUAAGACUCCCAGACUCAAGGACGAGGCCAAGUGUCCUUCCAGCAGUUCCAAUUCCAACUUCAACCACGCCGACGAGGUUCCCAAGAUACAAAAAUCCUUUACCCCGACUAUACCAUUCUUCAGGCGGACAAACGGCCCUCGGGCCCCGACUCCGCAAGAACCCUGCCUGAGCGUCGUGCUGAGUUCUCGGUCGGAAACCUCCCUGCCAGACCCACACGCUCCCGUCGAAGCCCGCUCAAAUGGGGCCUCCCGACUUUCUUCACACUCGAAUCCCAGUUUGGAUUUGAAGUUGGACUUGGACUUGGACUUGGAUCUGGAUGCCGGCACGGCCUCCAAGCAUGACAAUCUACUCCUGCAACUCCGGCGCCUGCAGACUCGGGAUCUCGGCUUCGGAAAUCUCUCUGGGUCGUUCAACAUCGAGAAAGAACUCCACGCCCACCUACAAACAGAAAAGCGGCAACAGCAGCCACAACAACCCCAACCACAGCAGCGGGCGGCUCCCUCGUCCCGCCCCGCCAACCUCACGCAGCAAGUGCAACAUCAACAUCCCCACCCCGCGCAGGCUGCCGCCUCGGUAGGUAGCGAUGCCAAAGUGUCAACUCUCGAGCUACGCACCACGCCGCCAGAGGAUAAGAAAAUGCUAGUUGCCAGUGAACUCGUCGUCUGCAAAAGGCUGCAGUACUCGCAGGCGGCGCAGGCGAGUAGUGUGCAGCUACCACCCGAACAGAUUUACGAACUCGUGGCAACGCCGCCCUCGCUGACAUCCAUGAUUCCAGCCAUGUUCAUAGAAAGACCACACAUGCCCGUUGACUUCCUGAUCGAGAUUCCGGACCAUUUGGUCAUUCUGAUCAUGGAGCGGAUCGACUCGUUGGAUGAUCUUUUUAAUUUCGUGCUCGUUAACAAGCGCUUUUAUCAUAUUUUCAAACAUCGUGAGCUUUCCUUCAUCAAGGGCGCUCUUUUCCGCAUGUCGCCGCCGGCGUGGGAAUUGCGUGAGAUGAGCCCGCCAUGGAAGAACGAGUGGCAAUUCCUGCCGGAGCCGGAUACACCGCUGCCUGAGUAUACACCGGAACUGUACUUGGGUCGGUAUGCGUGUGACAUUUAUACGCUCGUGCAGCUGAAGUCUAUGAUUUUGGUUCAUUGCUCGCCCUUCUUGCGUCGGGAUACAGUGAAGGGCCUUUCCGGCGUGGAUACUGUCCGCGCCGAAGAAGUUGACGAUGCUCUUUGGCGAAUUUGGACGUUCUGUCGCAUCUUUGGGAGUGGCAAGGGUCGCGAGAAUGAUUUGGAAGGCCAGAUGGAUUGGUUAAAGGGCGGACCCAAGGCCAGGAGCUCGUUUGGAGCGUCCUCCAUCGUGACGGCGCCUUUUGAUAUGAACAAUGUGCUGUUUGAACCGCCCGAAGGUUUCGCCCGUGGAAACAGCGUCGCUGGUCUCUCUGCCAAGCAGCUGUACGAUAUGACAGAGAUUUGGACCUGUCUGGAAGUGUUAUUGCAACCUUUGCACGGCAAGAGUGUCGAGGCCCGGAACGUGGGCAUCUUCCAAGGGCUGGACAUUCUUGAUGGUGAUACCGUUCGCGAAGAGACUGCACUAGAGGAAUGGACAUCUUACAUGCUAACUCUUGGGCUCUCUGCCGUCUUGACUCUCAGCUCGCUCUGGCCCGCCGAAGCCACCACCGCCACCUUCAGCAAGGCCCAAAGCAGCGGACUGACCAAAUGGGAGCCCACCGAAACGGAAACUAGCCGUUCAACCUUCCUUAAGAAAGCCGUUUCUCGCGUUUACGAAGAGCUAGAGCGCUUCCUCGCGUCCAGCAGUGCCGAACGGAUCGCCUGUCCCCAACCUCAAUCCCUCCAGCGCCACAAUCAAUUCCAAGAAGAGCUGCGCAACCGCCGUCUACACGGGCCCCCCAGCCGCGAGAAAGCACCAGGCACAUCCUUCGCCGAUGAACGGCCCAUGUCGGAGUUCAGCACGAUCGUGCACUACCUCAACGUGGCAACACCGUGCGACGCACCACCCGUUCCGCCCGUCCCAUCUCUAUCAUUUGACCGACUCUCCUCUUCCACAGCAGCUAGCGUGGGCCGUCGUACUCCCAGCCGCACCCCGCCACGCUUCAUAAUCCCCGAAUCAAAUCUCCCUAUUUCCUGCAGCCCACUCCUCCAACCAGCUCUCGCGCCCCCACCCCGCCGUCCAUGGGUCCAAGAUCCCGUUGAUCGUGCAAUCGCUCACUUGGUCAACGAGCUGGGCUACAAUGUGGACGAUGUCAAGUGGGCGCUCAAGAUCACUGAUACCGGGGAGCGCAUCGACGUCGAUGCCGCCAAGCAACUGCUCAAGCUGCAGAAGCACAAAAAUGAGCGGGACCCGUUCGCCCCGCGGGGCAAGGAUAGCUUGCUCAGGUCUGUGAUGAAGUGGCGCUUUGCAUGA